AAAAACAAAGGAAAUAGUAAAAUUACGUCUGUCUCUACACAAUUACUUUACUUGAUUUGUUAUUAAAUUCACCCGGCACUCGGACUCCCUCUCUCGCGAAACUGCACUGCAGCGCUCUGACCUGUCACAACCAAGCUCCCUCACCCCUUCCAUCGCUCAAUGUUAGCGCCCUAAAAUCUUUAACUUGCAAAAUCAAAAACCCUCACUGGCACUGCAACACUAAAACCCUUUUAAGUUAUUUAAUUUUAAUAAAGUCUAUUCCAGCUUCCAAAGGUCUAUUUUUCUCUCCCUCUGCUUAUAUUUCAAGCAGUCUUCUGUGUCUUAUAAUAUAUAUAUGUAUCCCUGCUUCCUCUCGCUCUCUCUCUCUCUCUCUCUCUCUCAACUGUUUAUUGUUUUCAACAAUAACAUAUAAGCCCUCACUCCCCACCCCCCCCUUCCUUCCUUUUCUCUAGAAUUUCGCUUUUUUUUUUUUUUUUUUUUUCUCUCUUUUAGGGUUUGGUUGUUGCUGUUACAGUUCCAGGGUUUAUUAGUGCCCGAGUGUGUCUCUGUUUUUGAUUUAAUGGCGUCCUUGGCUAUGGCCGCCGAGAAGCUUAGAGAUUUAAGCCAGCCGAUUGAUGUUUCUUUACUCGAUGCUACUGUUGCUGCAUUCUAUGGCACUGGAUCUAAGGAAGAGAGGGCUGCUGCAGACCGGAUAUUGCAGGAUUUGCAAAGCAAUCCAGAUAUGUGGCUCCAAGUUGUGCACAUUUUACAAAAUACAAAGAAUCUAAACACCAAAUUCUUUGCCUUGCAGGUCCUCGAAGGUGUUAUAAAGUAUAGAUGGAAUGCAUUGCCCAUUGAGCAACGGGAUGGAAUGAAAAACUACAUUUCUGAAGUCAUUGUACAGCUUUCCAGUAAUGAGGCUUCUUUUCGACUGGAAAGGCUAUAUGUCAACAAGCUCAAUGUAAUUUUGGUUCAGAUAUUGAAACACGAGUGGCCAGCUAGAUGGAGAAGCUUUAUUCCUGAUCUUGUAGCUGCUGCAAAAACUAGUGAAACAAUUUGUGAGAAUUGCAUGGUUAUAUUGAAACUUCUAAGUGAAGAAGUUUUUGAUUUCUCUCGCGGGGAAAUGACUCAACAGAAGAUCAAAGAGCUUAAACAAUCACUAAACAGUGAAUUUCAACUCAUCCAUGAGUUAUGCUUAUAUGUACUAUCAGCCUCUCAAAGAACUGAGCUUAUUCAGGCAACAUUGUCCACCUUGCAUGCAUUUCUUUCCUGGAUUCCCUUGGGCUAUAUUUUUGAAUCCCCACUGCUGGAAACACUUCUGAAGUUCUUUCCUAUGCCAUCAUAUCGAAAUCUUACCCUCCAAUGUUUGACAGAGGUUGCAGCUCUGAAUUUUGGAGACUUCUAUAAUGUGCAGUAUGUUAAGAUGUACAAUUUCUUCAUGGUCCAAUUACAGGCCAUUCUUCCACCAACAACAAACAUUCCAGAGGCUUAUGCACAUGGUUCUAGUGAGGAACAGGCAUUUAUUCAGAAUUUGGCAUUGUUUUUCACUUCAUUUUAUAAGUCUCAUAUUCGAGUGCUAGAGGCUUCACAAGAGAACAUAUCGGCAUUGUUGAAUGGUCUUGAAUAUCUAAUUAAUAUCUCAUAUGUUGAUGACACAGAGGUUUUUAAGGUUUGCUUGGACUAUUGGAACUCGUUGGUUUUGGAGCUCUUUGAGGCACAUCAUAAUUUGGAUAAUCCUGCUGUAACUGCAAACAUAAUGGGAUUCCAGAUGCCUUUGCUUCAUGGUAUGGUUGAUGGCUUAGGCUCACAAAUAUUGCAGCGGAGGCAGCUUUACGCUAAUCCCAUGUCAAAGUUGAGAAUGCUCAUGAUUUGUCGUAUGGCAAAACCUGAAGAGGUACUCAUAGUUGAAGAUGAGAAUGGCAACAUUGUUCGGGAAACUAUGAAGGACAAUGAUGUUCUCGUUCAAUAUAAGAUAAUGAGAGAAACCUUGAUCUACUUGUCUCAUCUCGAUCAUGAAGACACUGAAAAGCAGAUGCUGAAGAAAUUAAGUAAACAAUUGAGUGGUGAGGAUUGGAGUUGGAACAAUCUAAACACUCUAUGUUGGGCAAUAGGAUCCAUUUCUGGUUCUAUGAUGGAAGAACAGGAAAACAGAUUUCUGGUGAUGAUCAUUCGUGAUUUAUUGAAUUUGUGUGAAAUAACAAAGGGAAAAGAUAAUAAAGCUGUUAUUGCUAGUAACAUCAUGUAUGUUGUUGGGCAGUAUCCGCGAUUUCUUAGAGCCCAUUGGAAGUUCUUGAAAACUGUUGUCAAUAAGUUGUUUGAGUUUAUGCAUGAAACACAUCCGGGAGUUCAGGAUAUGGCCUGUGACACAUUCUUGAAAAUCGUUCAGAAAUGCAAACGGAAAUUUGUUAUUGUCCAGGUUGGAGAAAGUGAACCAUUUUUGUCUGAACUGCUGUCAGGCCUUCCAACAACUGUUACUGAUCUUGAGCCUCAUCAGAUCCAUACAUUUUAUGAAUCUGUAGGGCAUAUGAUUCAAGCCGAACCUGAUCCGCAGAAGAGAGAUGAAUACCUGCACAGAUUGAUGGAUCUUCCAAACCACAAAUGGGCUGAAAUCAUUGGGCAGGCACGCCAGAGUGUUGAUUUUCUGAAAGAUCAAGAAGUGAUCAGGACAGUUCUCAACAUAUUGCAGACAAAUACAAGUGUUGCUAGUUCUUUGGGAACAUAUUUCUUGUCCCAAAUCUCUUUAAUCUUUCUGGACAUGCUUAAUGUGUAUAGAAUGUAUAGUGAACUUAUAUCAAGUAGCAUUGCCGAAGGAGGUCCGUAUGCAUCUAAAACAUCCUAUGUGAAGCUUUUAAGGUCAGUUAAUUAUUAUUAUUAUUAUUAUUAUUAUUAUUAUUUUGCAUUUGUGGAUCUCCUAAAAGUUUUGAAGUGA